UGUGCGGAAUGGUUUGUGUACAGAUUAUGUUAACACCUCCACAUGGAUGGAGCCCAGGUUAGCGGUGAGCCGCCGUAAGGCGGUUUCCUAGACUUUCCCGUCACUGCUACCACAAUCAAAGACGGGAAGAUGAGUUCAAGAGAUCCACGAUCUCUACCGCCUCUGCGGUCAAACAAGGUGAUGCAGGAACCGCUUACGAGAGGUUCCAGUGAGUCAAUAGGUUCAGAUGAAAUGGCAGUGCAACAUCUGUUGCCAGCAAUCGAGGAGCAAGUUCCCUUGACCUCGGACACACAUGAAGCAAACCAUGUGAUCCUCAAGUCUUCCAUAAAACAAAAUGGCCCCAAGUCAGGGAGUACAGGAGAGAACGCCAUGGGUCACGUGGCCUUUGAUAUUGAAAAUAUGGCAGAAGGAAAUCGCGAAGAAACAUCCAAAGAGAACAGCAAGGAAUCCAUCAAGGCUAGUCUGUCACUUCUUGGAAUACCUCAACCUCGCAAGGAAAGUGACGGCUUGAGUGGCCUGAAAAACACGUUUAUACGCCGUCAGUUAUGGCAGAUGCUAGAGCCAACUGACAAUCGGCUCUCGAUGAAGCUUUUUGGAAGCAGGAAAGGACUGCAGAUGGAGAAAAAGAGACUAAAGGCAGCUGGAAUUCUCAUUAUUCAUCCUUGCAGUACAUUCAAGUUUUACUGGGAUCUUGUGAUGGUGUUGCUUCUGAUAGCCAACCUGGUGACUCUACCUGUCAUCAUUGCUUUCUUCUACCAAGAGAAGCUGAGUAAGACUUGGUCAGUCUUCAAUUGCUCCUCGGAUACUCUCUUUAUUCUGGAUGUCAUCAUCAAUCUCAGGACUGGAUACAUGGACCUCAACACUGCUGAGCAGGUGAUAUUAGAACCUAAGAAGAUUGCCCUUCACUACCUGAAAUCUUGGUUUGCCGUUGACUUUGUCUCUUCCAUCCCCAUGGACUGCAUCUUUCUUGGAGUGGACGGUGGAAACGAAAACAAGCUCUACGAGGUGUCCAAGGCAUUUCGUAUUUUUCGAUUAGCGAAGCUUCUCAGUCUUGUCCGUCUUCUCCGUCUGUCCAGGCUGAUGCGUUUCGUCCGACAAUGGGAACAGGUGUUCAAUGUAGCUGGUGCUGUGAUUCGCAUCGUUAAUCUCAUUGGUAUCAUGCUGCUCAUCAGUCAUUGGAACGGAUGCCUUCAAUUUCUCGUGCCGAUGCUUCAGCAUUUUCCUCAAGAUAGCUGGGUCAGCAUCAACGACCUAGAGAACGCCCAUUGGUGGGAGCAGUACACAUGGGCAUUGUUCAAAGCGAUGUCACACAUGCUGUGCAUCGGCUACGGACGAUUCCCGCCACAGAGUCUAACUGAUCUGUGGCUUACAAUGGUCAGUAUGAUUUGUGGAGCAUCGUGCUUUGCGCUCUUCAUCGGUCAUGCUACCAACCUCAUCCAGUCAAUGGACUCGUCCAGCAGGCAGUAUAGAGAAAAGCUGAAGCAAGUGGAGGAGUACAUGGCCUACCGUAAGUUGCCAAGCGAGAUGAGAGAACGCAUCACUGAUUACUAUGACUACCGUUACCAUGGCAAGAUGUUCAACGAGGAUGUUAUAUUCAGUGAGGUCUCAGCAAAACUCAAACAGGAUGUGGCCAACUAUAACUGUCGUGAGCUCGUUGCAAGCGUGCCUUUCUUCCAGAAUGCCGAUCCAAAUUUCGUCUCUCGUGUGGUAGUCCUUCUCAAGUUUGAAGUAUUUCAACCCGGUGACUUCCUUAUCAGAGAAGGUACCUACGGUGAUCGGAUGUUCUUCAUUCAACAAGGCGUGGUUGAUAUCAUUACGUCAGAUGGGCAAGUCGCCACUACGUUAAGCGACGGGUCGUACUUUGGAGAAAUCUGUCUCCUGACCGAGGAACGCCGUGUUGCUAGUGUGAGAACCGAUACUUACUGCUCUCUCUACUCGCUUGGUGUGAAUAAUUUCCACCAGGUUCUCAGAGAAUUUCCUGCCAUGAGAAAGACUAUGCAAACGAUCGCAUUAAGACGCCUCAACAAGAUUGGGAGGACAUCCAAAGUGUUAGUGGCUGCUCUAAGACAUCACAAUACCACAUCCCAGAACUCUGCUGUUUCAUCUAGCUUACUCUUCUCGCUUCCUCCUGAAUCAUCUUCUUCCGCGUUUAGUGAGCACAAUAGACGAAGUGAAGAUGAUAUGGAAGACGAGUCAAAUGAACGAGUCCUUCAAGUGACCGAAGGCCCGUCCCAGACACCAACGCAGACACCAAUAACUCGUUAUUACAGCUCUCCUGACAACUUCCCUCCGCCUGUAUGAUCAAUUCAAAAACAUUCACAUUAUUCAAUCUAUUGUGCAUCAAGUUGUUCCAAUCUGUUUAUCACCGGUUUUACUGGACGCUGUUUUGUAUUGCAAAAUUCGGUUCAUUAAGUUCAGUCCUGUUCAAUUCUUUUAAAUUGAAAAAUACCCGGAUUUCAAACGUCCUGAGGCACCCAGUUUCAUUUUCUGCCUUCUUCUAAAUAUCACAGUUCACUGUUUCCCAUCAGCAUUGCUGGCAACUAUGUACUUGCGCGACCUUUUAGGCUUCCACACCUACUGCAUGUAUGUAAAUUUCCUGAAUACAGUCAGAGACGUAUAUCUGAGCCAACAGGACUUUUGAGGCGAUUUAUGUUUUUAAAUUACACGUACACAAUUCAAUAUUACACAUAUACGUUUGGGGAAAAACAUUCCUCGGGACGUUGACCACAAUGGAAUACAUAUCCAAGAUAGCUGGACUGCAGAAAUCUAGGUGUUUAUCGUGUUGAUGUCAUUCAACGAAUCUUCACACUUCCACUUCACAUUCCACCUCUGAAUCGAAACACUUUCUUUUGUUAAGAAUUUGAAGCUGUUAUUCGAGUCUUAUCAAUUUAUGACAGUAGCCACUCAUAAUAACCACAUUUUCAUUUAUGUUAUCAUUUUAAAAUCUCCAAACCUUUUCUGGAACUGUACUAUUCUUAUUAAAGAAAUACCUAAUUAUUCUAAAAUACCUCACUCAAAUCUUCAAGCUCUGUGACACAAUUUAACACACGAGCAUUGACAAUAAAGAUUUUGUAAGAAAAA